AGGUAAAUAUAAUACCAAACUAAACGUAUAUCCCUCUUUUCCUUACACGCAUAAAAGUCUCAUUGUGAUCAAUUUCAUUUAUAUUAUCAUCAUACCUACCUAGCUCAUCCUCAUCUCCUCCUUCAAUUUCAUCGUAAUUUUUUUUCUAGUAUUCGAAUUCCUGAAGUAUUAACAAAGAGUCUUUAUAUUCGAUUGUUCUAGUGCUGAUAGAUGGACAUGUCUCUACGAGCCAGAUCAACUUCCUCUAAACAAACAUCCACAUCACCAGAUGCAUCAGAAAUCCCAUUACUUCCAACAAACAACAACGAUCAUGAAGCAGAGCGUCCAGCUAUACCGCGACCAUCGAUUUCCCAACGUGCCUUAGAAAGCACAGCACAUUUAGCCAACCUACUCCCAACAGGAACUCUCUUAGCAUUCCAAUUACUAAUCCCAAUUUUCACCAACAACGGAUCGUGUGACACUGCAUCUCGUCCAUUGACAUUAAUCCUCCUUGCACUACUCGCAUUUUCGUGCUUUUUAGCUUGUUUCACCGAUAGUUUCAAAGCACCAGACGGGCAAAUUUACUAUGGAUUGGCUACGUUCAAAGGUUUAUGGAUUUUCGAUUAUCAGGCAGCUUCAAUUUCUGGUGUGCCUGGUGAAUUGAACAGGUAUAGAGUUGGUUUUAUUGAUUUUGUUCAUGCUCUUCUCUCUGUUCUUGUAUUUGUUGCUGUGGCUUUGAGAGAUAAAAAUGUGGUGAAUUGCUUUUAUCCUACACCAGAUCAUGGAACCAAACAGGUACUUGAUGUUGUUCCUAUUGGAAUUGGGGUAAUUUGUAGUUUGUUAUUUGUUGUUUUUCCAACAAGGAGACAUGGAAUUGGCUUCCCUGUUACACCUGAUAAACGCUGAAAUCGAAGCCAAUUGUUGUUAUUUGCUAAUUCAUUCAUUUGCUUAAUGUUUUGUAAAGUCAUAUUAUUGUGUAUAUUACUAAUAAUAAAGUUUUUAACAUAA